AUGGUUUCUGUAACGCCACCGCCAUCCGGGCGGGAAUCCGGGCGCGGUUUAGCGAUAACACGUACCGUAGUAUUUUUUGCGACCUAUGCCCUCGCAUCACAAGCAGAGUAUACAACGACGGUUCUUACUUUGAAGUUAUGGAAUACAACACCUGCAGUUGCAGUUUUUGCAAUAUGCUGGCAUACACUAUUACUAUUCCUUGCACUAUGGGCGCAUUGGAUGUGUACAUUGAGCGAUCCCGGUCGAGUUCCUUUAAUACACGAUGAACAGGUUGCAGAGGACGCUAUAAGAUAUGGAUUUACAGAUUGUCCCAGAUGUAAAUCCGUCCGUCCACGUCGUGCUCAUCAUUGCAGUGUUUGCAAAAGAUGUAUCCUCCACAUGGACCAUCAUUGCCCAUGGAUUGGUAACUGCGUAGGAUUAUUUAACCAGAAGUUUUUCAUCCAAUAUACAGGAUACGUGUGUAUUACUGGUACUACCGAGUUGGCAAUAACAAGUGUCGUUGGUUACGAGAUGUACCAAUUAUAUAAUAACGAUGCAAGUCUCCUUCUUCGUAAAUAUGGAGCUUCUUGGAUGGUAGCGAGUAUUGUACUCUACUUCCUGGCGAUAGUGUUCACGAUGUUCACCUUCACGUUGUUCGUCGAUCAGAUUUACAAUCUCUAUCGCAACACAAGCUCGAUAGAUAAGCUUAAGCGUAUACCUCCUCGUGAGCAGAGUUUUAUACAAACGCUUACGCAUGUAUUUGGAAGUCGUCCUAGUUGGAAAUGGCUUUUACCCCUACCAAUGAAGCCUCAUUAUAUCAGCAAGACACUGUCUCUGUCGGAUAUCAUUGCCCUAUCUGUAUUUGAUGAUACAGACGCUGUAUUAGCCGACCGCAAUCAUGAGUUCAUGGGUUUAACUGAUGAUACAACCGAUACCCCUCGCCGACGCCAAUGGUUGCCAAAGUGCAAGUGGCGUUGUAGAAAGAAGCAAAAUGCAAAUAACACAUAA